CAAGUGCUACAAUUCGGUCACGUUGCGAAAUUUCAAUUCGCUAUUAUUUGUAUUUGGAAACGAAUCCGUCGAUUUUUAAAUUUCGCGCGACUGGUUGAUGUUUGCGCAGUGUGCCUGACGCAAUAUAAACAAAAACCCUUCAAUCACCUGACAUAACCACAAAUAUAAUGACAGACGUAUAUUCCGGACAUUCUCAGUUUGUUUUGUUAACUGAUAACAGGAGACGAUGGUUCGACGGCCGGACUUUAUUUUUGCUGAUUGUUGUCACCGUUCCAAUUAUCAUUUUUUGUGGUAUUUACACGAUCAUACUUAAGGGGAACGAAGCCCUGCUGUACCCCAAGUCGUACGUCGAAGUGCCGUCACUGCUGAAACACCGUGCCAAAUCUUACAGCGACGCGAGAAGCUCCAAGUACUUCGACAUUCAUGCGCCCCCCAGUGUCCACGAAGUCAAGGAUUUUAAGCUCGUGUGCUACUACAACUUCCCGACUGACGAUUUCAACACCCUGCAGCCCCAAGACAUCGAUCCUUUUUUGUGCACGCAUAUUUUGGUCGGGUUUGCUUCAAUCGCAAAUCAUUCGAUCAAUCUGGCUGAGAACGAGCUGCAAAUCCUCUCCAUGGUGGCCAGUUUGAAGACUUUCAACUCGGAUUUGAAGGUGCUAGUGUCGGUGGGGGGCGCCGGGGAUGAUACGGGUUUCAGCGACAUGGUGGUCAACCACACAAACCGCAAAACCUUCAUCCACUCGGUCGUGAAUUUGGUGAAAAAACACAAAGUUGACGGGGUCGACCUUGACUGGGAAUUCCCCAACGAGAUUCCUCACCACGACAAGAACCAGAAACUGCACUUUGUGCAACUUUUGGAGGAGAUCCGGGCCACGAUUAACAAGCAGACCCGGCACAAGUUUCUGUUGACGGUGGCGGUGGCGGCGCCUGCUGUGAUCGUAGAUAAUUCGUACGAUGUGGUUUAUUUAAACGAGUUUACAGAUUUUAUUAGUGUGAUGACGUACGAUUUUCAUUUUUUCAGUAAAGUGACGCCGUUUACGGGGUUAAAUUCGCCGUUGUUUGAAUCUCAGGACGACAAGGGGUACUUUAGAAGCCUCAAUAUUAACUACACGGUGCAUUAUUGGGUGUCUAGGGGGAUGAGUAGGGCGAAAAUUAUGGUCGGGUUGCCCACUUAUGGACACACUUUUCGAUUAACCAAUUCGCAUAAUCGGGGUCUGUAUGCCCCCGCCAGAGGCGUCGGCAAGCUCGGAAGUCUAGGCUUCGUAGACUACACACAAGUGUGCAAAUUUCUUGAUCUGAAUCAAAUUUCGCCAGUUUUUGAUUUAGACUCCAAGAGUCCCUAUGCUACCAAAGGUUCCGAAUGGGUGUCAUUCGAUAAUGAGCAGAGUCUGUCAUUUAAGGCGGAAUUCGUGCGCGACUAUCAGUUUGGAGGGGCCAUGGUUUAUUCGUUGAACGCCGACGACCACAUGGGGGCCUGCAAGCUUGAUCCAAAUGUACAAAACAAGCCUUUCCCUUUAGUAGGAAAAAUUCGUGAGAUUCUAGAUAAAAAUUACUCCAUUUAUUAACAAGGGGGCGAAAAUGGUGACCUUAAUGGCUGUUAAUAGUGCUAAGAAGUAUUAUAUGUAUAGUAUUUUUUGUAACAUAACAUCAAAAUGAGUUUUUAUUUUAGAUUUUCAUGUUCUGUGAUAUGUGUUGAAGAUUAAUAAAGUUGAUAAUAAAUGUUUCAGAUCUGAAGCUAAAA